CUAACUUUAUCCCUGCUCAUUUAUCAUCGCGCCCCGACAUUCAUUUUUAUUUCUUACUGUCUUGCUCAGUACCAGCCGCCGUUGUCGUCAUUGUGAUACUCAGUGACUACGGUACUCAGGUUCGACUGACGCCGCAGUGAUUCUUCUGCUGCCUCGAGGCCAAACUCGUGGCGUUCACGCAUUCUUGCGGUUCGCCCCCCAUCUUAUCCUACUUUCUAUCCUCCGAAAGGACUGAAUACCCCAUUCUCUACUCGAUAUCAUCCUUUCACAGAUAACGGUGACCGUACUGUCAACACUGGUCGUCGGAAUCCAAGGUGACCAAGAGAGCGUCAUUGUAUGCCGCAGAUAUAUCGUCGGAGGGCACCGUCAAAGGCAGACGAGCCGGCAUCGAGGAAGAAAUUCAGUACCGUCCUCGGAUUCAGCCAGUUGUACAGGGACGCCAACGUUCACACCACGCCUGACGAGCUCGGCCAUCACCAUACCUUCACACGACGGAGCGUCGACAGCAUCAGGAGCAGCGGAGCCGGCAGAGCACAUAUUGCAGGACGACCUUCUACUACAUCCAACGACUCGCUCGACUCGCCGACCAGCCCAGCGGCAGCGACCACCCCUAAAGUGAGCACCGAUCCCGUCUCGACCAACACGAUGCUGGCCGCGACUGAUCUUCCUCCAAAUCGACGGGCUCCAGUUCGAAUUGACGCCCAGGACGGCCCUUGGAGCGUUAGUGUUGCGGAAUCGCCGCACGAUGCCCGUUCAUACAGUCUUUACAUAAAGACUCCCACUCACAACAUCACUCUCACCCGAACGGCCAUGGAGAUAGUUGAGCUCGACAGCAAGCUCCGUGAAUCGUUACCCGGAGCCAAACUCCCUACACUUCCUAUUGACGCUGCUGCUGCUGUUGCUGCAGCAGCGCCCAAACGUAAAUCAACAUUCCUUAAUACCCUUUCCCGCCUUACUUCCCCCACCGCCGGCAAAGGUGGUCGGAAUAACUCAACCCGGCGUGCCAAUAAUGCCAGUUCAAUAAUUGCCUCUCCCGUCGCCUCUCCGUCAAACGAGAAGAAUGACCCGUUUUUGUCGUUCACGCCAAGCGCCAUCAACGCCGCCCUUCCCACCACGGUCAACAGUACAGCCGUCGCAGCUUACCUGACGACCAUCUCAAACACCCCUUCGCUGCGCCAGGCACGCGUGUGGAAGCGUUUUGUCCGCGUUCGCACGGACGACUUGGAGAGUGUCCGUGUUGAGCGAGCUAUCAAGCAUGUUAGGUCUGAUCUUGCUGCUCAUGUGGGGUUGACGAAGGACAAAGAAAACACCAUGCCAAGUAUUCGUGAUUCGGAGGGCCCAAUAGAAAAUGGAAGCGCACACGAUGAGAAGCUUCCGAACCAGGACCCUAACCACGAGACUGUAGGCGAUGAAGGUGGUGUGACGUCUGAGGGGAAAGAUCCGGAGCAGAAGGAGGAAUGUACAUGCGACGCUGUUUCUGUGCCCGUCGAAAACGAGGCUACGACGUUGACAGUACCAGCCGCCGAGCCACCCGUUACUCCGAACGAGCAGCAACAGGUGACUGUAGAAAUGGAGACUACCCGUCCCUCUGAGGACGAUGCUCCGAAAACGCCUGUAUUAGACGGAUCCAUGAAUCGCAUACCCCGUUCACGUUCCGCAGACCCCGACAAGUCGAGACGUCUUGUUCGAACGUAUACGUCGUCGACAUCGAACCAAGACGGCACUUCUUCCCAGACAGAAACAGGCGACGACGAGUCUUCCGUAUCGACGAAGGAAGAGCAUAUUGGCCGUAGACGUACGCGAAAGAAGCGAUCUAUGUCCAUUGACCCCGCGCAGAAGAAAAAGUCGCAAAGGAAGGUUAUUAUUGACGACUUUGAGAUGAUGCGGGUUCUUGGGAAAGGAUGUGCUGGGAAGGUCCUCCUUGUGAGGCACAAGUCGACGCAGGACUUAUAUGCCUUGAAGGCGAUCACGAAGCGGCAUGUGCUAGCCCAUCAGGAGCUGCAGCAUACGCUCACAGAACAGGCCGUCUUGAAGAAAAUGGCUGCAGAAGCGAAGGAUCCCUUUGUGGUCAAAUUGUGGUGGAGUUUCCAUGAUAAAGAGAACCUUUUCUUGGUCAUGGACUUCCACCCUGGUGGUGAUCUGGCUACCCAAUUAGCGCGAUGGGGUCGAUUAGGUCGGGAUCGUGCUCGGUUCUACGCUGCCGAAAUUGUAGAGGGUGUUGAAGGUCUGCAUGCAGCGGGAGUCAUCUACCGUGAUCUCAAGCCUGAGAACAUCCUCAUUGGCUCUGAUGGGCAUAUCGUCCUCACCGACUUUGGCCUGUCGAAAGAGUUCCCGAGACACUCCACUGCCGCAACCGCGCCUCCUACGCCUUCCGGCUCUCGUGGCGAAUUUUACUCCGCUUCUUCAGGGCCGUCUCAGCCGCCAACCCCUCCAUGGAUGAAGAUGGAGAAGGGCGGCGAGCUUGCUGCUGGAUGGCCUGGUCCGUCGGUAGGACAGAACGAUAGUACUGCCACAUUCUGUGGGACGGCGGAGUACCUUGCUCCAGAAGUCAUUCAGGGUUUGUCUUACAGCUAUGAGAUUGACUGGUGGAGCUUCGGAACGAUGUUGUAUGAAAUGUUGACUGGUAUUACACCCUUCUGGGCGAACAACCAUGCCGACAUGUAUGUGCGAGUGCUGCAAGACGACCUUCAUUUCCCUGAUGACAGGGCGAUUGAUCAAGACACGAAGAGUUUGAUUCGCGGUCUUCUGCAACGCAAUCCUGGGCUUCGUAUUUGCGAGCCUCGGAUAAAGCGGCAUCCUUACUUCUCGAUGAUAGACUGGUCUCACGUGUAUUACAAGCGCUAUAUACCCCCUUACAUUCCACCCAUCGACCCCUUAAAUGCUAGUGAUACGCAGAACUUUGACGAUACUUUCCUUGACAUGGAGCCUGUUCUUGAUGAAUUCAACGAGAACGAGCAGACGGAUGAUGAUCAAGAACACGAGCAGACGGACACAGAUCGAACGGAUGGAGAGGAGACCAACACUACCCCAUCACAGUCACGCAGUUCGUCAAUAGCUCCGCAGUCACAGCCUGAAGAUGAUUCUGUCGAUGUCUUUGAUGGAUACUCCUUCAAAGGCCGGCACUCUGUUGUCAUUGAUGAUGAGGGUGACGAAAGUGAGACGGACGAGGAGGAGUUGGAGCCGGAGGAGGUUACUUCCGUUAUUGAACCUGUUCUCGAGCCUGAAACGCCCAAGCCUGCGGCAGACAUGGUUACCGAUGAGGCGGAGGUAGAUCUAGGAGAACCGAAAACGCCUGAAGCUCGUCCGGUGCUGUUACCAGCCGAUGACAUAUCGAUGCUCCCUCCUCUACCACAAUCGCCUGUGGCACCCUCUCCACCGCGCGCAGAAGAACAUGUGGAACCUACUCCCGAGCCUACGCCUCAGCCGCCAGAGGCCAAACCCCGGAAGAGCAAAGAUUUAGACGCCGAAAAGGACGUCCGAGUCAAGCUCCAACCGCCUUCAAAGCCGGCACCAAAGGCCAACAACCGUGUCUCGCGUGCUCCCCGCAGAGAAAAAUCAGGUGUCCCCGCUCUAGACCGAUACCUUUCCGAUGGUGGCGAUGAAGAUACAGCCACAGACAGGUUCGAUGAUGAUGAGGAUGAUGAUUGGGACUUUGUCGAAGCGGGGGAUGGCGAGGACCGGAAUGGAACCAAGGGCACGAGUUACUUUGCCCGGGGAGUUGUGGAUCGAUACAGAUUGGCGGUGUUCCGCAAGGCAUCGACGCCAUCGCACCGGUCCGUGGGAAGGUCCUUCUCUGGUGUUUCGAAAGCCUCGACAGACACUACUGUUGAAUCUCCGAGUCCAACGCAGCGGAGAGGAAGGAACCAAGGAUUGACGUUCCGCAAACACCCUCGGCAGUUCUUGCGACCCAAGUCUCCACCGUCGUCGUAUUCCGGCAAGUCUGGCAAGUCGAUGAGCCAAUCAGCUUCUGCUACGUUGUCUGCUUCGUCGAGUGCGGGGUUAUUGACGCCGUCGCCGUCAAUGUCGAGCUCUAUGGUUGGCUCGCAUUCGUUGAAGUCGAAGGAGUCGGCGGCGUCGGUCGGUAAUCAGAGCCUCUCAGACCAGUCGGUAAACGGCGCUGAUUCGGGUAAUCCGGAUCCACUCAGUGCGUCAGAGGCUACAAAGUCUGACGGGCCAGAGAAGAAGAACAAAAAGCUAAAGAAGUACAAGGAGAACGCGGAGAAGGUGUUCUCGCUGUUCUCGUCUCCUCGUCAACCGCAACCCCAAUAG